CAUCAUGUUCGUUCGAUCGCACGUGCAUAGCAUAGUACGGACAUCUACCCGCGACGGUCAUGCUGCAGUGCAUAGAUAUGUGCUUGGACUUUGGAUUCGUCCGUUGUAGUUCAUGCAUUGCUUGGUGGGCCACGCAACACGUACGCAAGAGACCAUGAGAAGACAUGGCUCAGCAGGCAUCUGCAAAUGGCCAACUCCAACUCUAUCCAGCCUGCCUGGACAACAAAGGCGCAAAAGCACUGGUCAGCAAGCUCUAUGGCUGGUCAGUUGAUCACAUUAAGAAACUACCGGGCUAUGAUGACCUGAAUUUCUACAUCAGGUCCGCCAGCACUUCCUCCCAGCACAGCGAGUUUGUCCUCAAGGUCAUGAACUCGCGGGAUUCUGGCAACCGUGCCUGGUUGGAGGCCCAGACAGAUGUCUUGCUUCACCUCACUGAGCGUGGGAUCCACUGCUCGACCCCUGUGAAAAAUCUGCAAGGCGAUUACCUCAGUUUGGAAGAAAUAGUUGAUGAAUCUGGCAAGCAGCCGGCAGGCCUGAAGUUCAUCGUGCGCAUGCUGAUGUUCCUCCCAGGCAAAAUGGUCAGGGACCUGUACCAGCCAAACAUGGCUGUGCCGGAUAAGUGGUUCUACGUCAUGGGGCAGAAUCUGGGAACUAUGGACAAGGCCUUGCUGGAAUUCCACGAGCCAUCGCUGGCAGUCUUGGAGAAGCAAGCCUCUGAGUACAAGUGGUCACCGCAGUGCGUUCCACAUGUGCGCGACAUCCUCUGGGCGGUCACAGAUAUAGACAAACGCAAGCUGGCAGAGGGCAUCCUGGAUGAAUUUGAAGUUCAGGUCGUGCCAAAGAUUGGUAGCUUACGACGAUCUGUAAUCCAUACAGACUUCAAUGACAUGAACAUUAUCAGCUUGGGCAAUGGCCCUGUGCCCAGCAAGGCUGACUGGCACACGGCCGGUGGCCCGGACAUUCCAGCCCAUCAGGACUCGCAGCUCCAGGCCCUGGGGGCCAUCGACUUCUCGGACAUUGUCUGCUCCAGCUUGGUGUUUGACCCUGCCGACUCCCAUGCGUAUAUGAUGAUGAGCCAAUUGAAUGGGGAUCCGCUGGUCUCCGGUGGACACUUUCUGGCUGGCUACAACUCGGUGCUACCACUGACACCGACAGAGCUGGGUCUGAUCCGGUGCUGCACCUCGGGCCGUCUGGUGCAGAGCCUCGUCAAUGGUCUGCACGCAUACUCGCAGGAUCCCAGCGACGAGUACGUGCUGGACACACAGAGGACAGGCUGGAGCGUGCUGGAGCAACUUUGGAGCAAGUCCAACGACCAACUCCUGAGCCUGUGGGACAGGAUCGCAGAUUUAUACCGUCCGUCUGUAGUGAAGUCUCCCGUGUUGACUCACUCCGAACAAGACACUGACUUGAUGUCAAAGUCUGGCAGUACAAGAAAAAUCAAGCCUAGCCUCUCUCCAACGGAUGUGAAAGGACUGCUCCAGCAAUUGUACCCCAUCAAGACUCAGCACGUCGAGGAGAUCAGAGAAUUCAUCAGCUAUGACGAUCAGAACUUCCACGUCCGACUUGGAGGCGGGGAGUUGGCAGCGAGCAUGGGCGGCCAGGAGUUUGUGCUGAAGGUGAUCAACUCGGAAGAUUCGGCUGACAAGGGUGCCUUCGAUGUGCAAAUCGCUGUCCUGCAAUUCCUAAAAGCUAAGGGCUUCUGCUGUGCUGCACCAGUGGUAAACACGAACGGGAAAUACCUGAGCUUGGAAGAGGUGUGCAUGUCGGACAAAAGGACAGAUCCUGAUAAUGGUAACCCACAGCAAACUGGAGUUUUCCUGGUCUUUCUGCAAACGUACCUCCCUGGCCAGAUGAUGAGUACAAUCGAACUACUUCCCGAACAGCUGUGCUUUGAUGCAGGAAGGAAACUGGCUCAGAUGGAUCAACUUCUCUGGGAUUUCCCAGACCCUCCUGACAGCUUCAAAGGCAGAGCAGCAUCCAACAUCUGGGCCCUGGAGAGUAUGCCCAGAGUACGCGACUACAUGGGUGAGGUCAAAGACCAGAGAAGACGAGAACUCGUGGAGAGCAUUGUCAAGAGCUUUGAGGAGGAGGUUGUCCCUCAAAUCAGCUCGCUGAGAAAAUGUCUCAUUCACAGUGACUUUAACGAUGAUAACAUCUUAGUUGCUGAAGUAUACUCUGGUCCAGAUUGUGAAGACGCCGACUUGUUGCCACUGACCAAAAAGAGAAAACGGCACCCUGUGUACAACAUCACAGGGGUUGUUGAUUUCAGCGACUUCGCCUACAGCUGCCUGGUCUUUGAGAUUGCCAGCGCUAUGGCCAUGAUGCUUUACUCCAAGGCGGCUAAUCCCACUGCUGCCACCGGCCACCUCCUGGCAGGCUUCCAGUCAAUCAUUCCCCUUACUGCCGAGGAGCUGGGGCUGCUGUACACCUGCGUAAUGGGCAAAAUAGGGCAGGAGCUAGUCCUGAGCCUCUACAACAGCCGGAUGCAGCCAAGGAACCCCCACGUGGUUUUCACCCAGGGGCAGGGGUGGAAGUACAUGGAGGAGCUGUGGGGAGAUCCCGGCGCACGAGCCAAGGUUGACAAGCUGUGGAAUGACACCGCUGCUUUGUACAGAACCUGAUGACUUGAAGGGUUAUGAGUGAAGAAACAGGGAGACAGAUUAGAGAAAUUGUGCUCAUGUAUACAACCAAGGCUUUGAUGACAAGACCUUCCUCAGGGAUGUUACGGCAGGAUGUUUAGUUCACUUGUAACUUCAAGGACAUUGCACAUGUUAAGCCUGUGUUGCACAUGUAGUUGAGUCUAUCAUGUGUCCAAGCAAUAGACGCUAUGCGUUAAGGUGGAAGUCAGAGGCUAUUUGUUAUUUUAAUAUCUUUACAAUGAAUGUCCAAAAGGUUUACUCAAGCCUAUCCCAGAGGGAGAAAGGUAUAGCCUCUAACAUGACGUCAUAUGCAUAAGUUCUAUUCCAUCAUAGUAUCAUCAGGUCCCAAGCUAUUCAAAUAAACUGACAAAAGCAUUCCUUGAUCAUUGUUCACUGUUAACUGAGGCUAGUCUUGUGAACGGACUUGGAUGGACUCAACUACAUUUCUAUUACGCAAAUUGAUUGUCUUUACUCUGUAGUUAACUAUCUAUCGCAAAUAAAAACAAAGUUGUGCUCAAGUACAAAACCCUUUCAUAAAGUAUUGCUGGUUAUUAACAAAGUCAAGGCAGAUGGACAUUUUGAAAUCUUCACUGUUGGAGAACUAGGAAAAGGUAAAGGCAAAAUUUACGGCUCCAAAGACACCAGUGCUGUCUAGGGACCCGUUUCUCAAGAUGCCUCAGGAAACGAGUCCUCACCAUUUGUUGUAAUAAGCAAACACUUCUUCCAUUUCUUUGGACCAAGCCCAUUUAUCUGAUCACAUUAAUUAAGCCUUUAUUGUGAGGUUUCACAAGUCGAAACACAAUGUAUUUAUCUUUACAAUACUACACACACUUGAAGCGGAGGCUAUAUUUUCAUGAGAUCAUUUCUGUAUUUAAAAAAAAAAGUAAAAAUAAUGCAACUGAAGCCUUGUCUUUAUGCACAAAGUAAACCUGAGUUGUUAACUGAAUGUCUGUAAUGUUCCUUUUCGUAAGCUUCCUCAGCAUGUCACAGUUAUUUCAAAAAAAGCCUCUCGGACUUCUGAUUGCUUUCUGGAAUGUACAAGAAUUACCAUUGCAGAUUUUGGCUGUAGUACAAGGGUAGGAAGUCAUACAGAACUUGGAAAAGUGAAUACAUGGUGUACGUAUAUUGCUUUAUAGUUGUGCUGUGAAAAAUCUUUCAAAAGUUAAAAAGCCAAGAAGUAUGGCUCUUGACUUGGGCUUGAGUUUUUUAAGUAACUGAGGCUUUGGUUAUGGUGAGCAGUGACUCAUUGACUUGUCAGACUUUGGAUUAAAGUUGGUAAAUUUUACCAGAUGAUGCA